CAAGCUUCCUAAUGAGGUUCUAAAGAAACAAUCUGAAACGGAAAUACUGUAGAGUUCUACACAGAACCCUUUAGGAUCAAUUAAAAAUCUAUUGAGUGAGUUUUUCAGAAUUUUAACUAAAAGUUCUCCACAGAAGUAAUAGUCCAUGACAGACUCUAGUCUAAAAACCUAUUACGUUCUUUAAAAAAAUGAAGGUUUAAAGGUUUUUUAAGGAGUCACUGGAUGGUUACAGGUCCAAAUGAAGGUUCUACAUGAAUAUAUACCGAUCAGACAUAACAUUCUGAGCAGAGCCAGGUGAAGUGAAUAAGACUGAUGAUCUCCUCAUCAUGGCGCCUGUUAGUGGGUAGGAUAUAUUACGCAGCAAGUGAACAUUUUGGGCUGUUUUGGCAGCAAAAGGGGGGCUAACACAAUAUUAGGCAGGUGGUCAUAAUGUUAUGCCUGAUCAGUGUACACCAUAUCUUUUCUGAACGGAAAAUCAAAACUAUUUUACUUGUAGCUUCAAUGUAAUGUUAAGUCAUGUAACAUUAUCAUCUUUAAAAAUGUGAAGUUCUAAGCUGAUGCUGUGAUGCACCAUUUUACUAGUAGAUUAUAAUCUGUUAUAAUAUGAAAUAAAAGUAAAGACUUCAUAAACUUCAGUGGAAGUUCAAAACCACUGCACUGUUAACAAAGCAAAAGUCUAAUCUCUCUCAUUUUCCUCUCUCCUCUGUCACCGUGUAGAACAUCUAGCCACAAAUUACAGCCAUUGGAGUUGUUUUUAUUGUGCCAUAUCACUGAAUUCCAGCCUUACAACCUUAUAAAAAACUUUAAUUCUACAUUAUUAAUGCUUUAAACUAGAAUAUAAAGUGCAGAAGGAACAGAGUUUAUCAUGCGCAAAACGAAAGAAGUCGUAAUUUUUUUAAUGUCAUUUCGGUUUCUUUCGUGUUUCUACAGAAAUUCUUCGAACAGGUUCAUGAUUAACAUCUGUCAUGUCACUCGUACCAUAGGUGACAGGAAUGGCAUGAUGAGCACACAAACUGCUCCAGUGCUUAAGUAUUUCAGACGAAUGAUAAAACAGUGUCAGACAUUCCCUCGGAUGUAAUUAAAGGCUAAUUGAAGAAUCUUGCGUGUGUUCGGUUUUCCCCGAAUUACAUUCGGAAUUCUAUUAUUUUUGAGAUUCAAGCAAAGUGUAUUUACCUCCUAAAUGCAGUGACCUGUACAGUCAGUGUUACAGAUUUAACAAGCAAAUGCAUCAAUAUCUCAAUUGAACUAAUGUCUAAACUCGUUUAGAAUAAGAAGUGAUGCUAGUCAUUUAGUGCUGAUGCUGUGGGCAGCCAUGUUGAUUUGAAAUCACUUGGAACUCCUAAGUCGGAAUUUAGUCUCGAGGCGUUUGUAUUUGCUGUAUAUUGUAAGAAUUCACGUAAAUUCGAUAGUAUAAUCAGUCUUUACAUUCUUUACUACACGUUUCACACUCUUCAGUCGAAGGGUGUUAAUUAGUGGAAGAUGCUAUUAGUGUAUUAUUAGACACCGAACAUAAUUAAAGAGCUAAUUAAAGAAUUAUCAGUCUUAUCAUUCCUAUCAGUACCUUCAGUGGUCUUGUUUAAAGGUCAGAGGCUUGGUCUUAUUUAAAUUUCAAUUGGAGCCACACCCCUUCUGAAACUUUUAAAGGUUCCCAAAGAAAUGUCUAUAGGAUUUUGAUAAUAGUUUGUCAUGCCUUGUGGAUGAGUUUCACAGACGAGUUAUUGCUCAAAUAUAUUCAGAAAGUCAGCUGAUUUUCCUCAGUAUAAAAGAAAAAAUGCAGAUAAGCCGAUUGACAAAUUUGGCUUUAAAAGGAAAGUUUAAUAUUUAAAAAAAGAUUAAGUAGAUUUACAGUAUAAAAUCUAACAGUAUUGCAAGCAGUUAGUUAACUACAGUUUCUAUUUUACAUAAAUAUUUUAUUUAUGAAAGCUCUGUGUCAAAAAUGUGAGUUUUUACACCACCGCCAUCCUCCUGGGUCUUUCUUCCUGUUCAGGGCUGUUAGGUCUGGUAUAUAUUGUUUUUUUUCCCCCAAAUAAUAUAAUAUUUUAAAUGCAGCUGAAGUGUUCUGUUGUUUAAAAACCUCAUCUUUACAAAUGGUGAAGUUAGAAGAACUUGAUGCACCAGUAAGGAUGUUACAAUGAAUUUUUAAGAAAAAGUAAAAAUUAAACUUUAACUUAAGCUUUAUAAAAAAGGGUACGGCUGUAAGAUCUCUCCUUUUCAUCUGUCCACAAAAUAUAUCCGAACAAAGACAGCAACCGGAGUCACUUUUAUCAUCCUGUACCGAUAUAAACUAAAAGCACACAGGGACAAACUUUCUUUAAACCUCCUCACAGUUGUUUACAUGGGCAGCUGCAUAGACUUCGAUUACAGUGUGAACAGUUGUGCAGCAGCUGCUUUAACAAUGUGAAGAGUGUUACAGCCUUUUAAAGACAUUCCUAAUUGUCAGCUCUUUGUUUACUAUGUGCAGUGAAUUUUCCCCUCCUUUUUGUUUUCAUAUCAGUAAUCAGGAAAUUCAAGUUCCCUUUCAGUGCCUCCACCAACAAUGGCAUUUAAUUCCUGACAUUUUCUAUCGACUGCUCAUUUCUCAUUACGCCCAGGUCUUAAAAAGCGAAUACAUACUUCUGAAUUGCUGCUAACCAAUUGCAGCGAGGAGCGUGGCAGCCAUUUUCUGAGCUGUGUGAAGGGACUGCGGAACGGCUGCGUUUUUUUCCUUCCUCUUCCUCCCCUCCCUAACCCAAUGAGCAUUGCUCAGAUAUGAGUCACUCCCUCACCCUGGCCAUAUAUAGCAGAGAGGCAGGGGCGGUCUCUCCAGCCUGAGGCUGAGAUAGUGGCUGCCUGCACGAAAAACACAGCAGCACCAUUAGGAAGGGAACAGCUACACACAUUACAGCAGAACCACAGGGGACCAAGGGCUCGGUAGAGGCAAAGCCAGCGACCCCUCGGCAUCAAUGGCGGAUAAGGAGCAAAUCAAACAAACAGCAGCCAAGGUGCUGGGCUACGUCGAGAAAGUGUCCUCCUUUGCUUCCUCCAUUGACCCUCUGUUUGGCAUCGUCACCUCGCUGGUUGGUGUAGUAAGGAAAGGCCUGGUGGAAGAUGAAACCAAUGAGCUGGACAAGGACUUCAAGAAGAUUCACGACAAGCUGGAGAGCAUCUCUCAGCAGAACAAGCAGACGCUGCGCCAGAUCCGCAUCAACGAAAUCAACGAAGUGUUCGGCAAAUACGAGGAAUACAUCAAGCACCAAUACGGCGCCUUCAAUACCAUGGUGGAUCGGGUCAGGACGAACCCCGACGAUGCCGACCGUUUCAUGGAGGAUUUCAAGAACAUCUAUGAAAAGGACAAGAGCGACUUGAGCUUGGACGUGUUCUAUCGAGGCGUCAUUGGAAAGAACAGCCUUUUUGGGAGGCCGCUGCUGACCGUGUAUCUAGACCACUGUGACAGGGACAGAAAGAUUAUGGAGGCUAGAUGCGCUCAUCUGGCUCACCUCUUCCAAAUCGGCCUCAUGGCCCUGAUGGCCUACUACGCGGUCACGGAGGAUGACGAGGACGAGAUCAGGGAAAAGUGGGCUCAAAGGGUCAUCGAUAUUCAGACCAAGAUGCAGGAAGCCCUGGACGAGUGUAGUGAGUAGGAGUGAUGCCAGAUGCACUGAGAGGUUUCUAAACCACAGAUGUCUUAGUUUCUACUGCUUUAUCAUAUAGACAAUGAUAAAGAAAAUCAAUGCUAUUUAUAUUCUGGGCAAUAAGAACUGUGUUUCCAUUAUUAUAUAUUUUUUUCUAUCUCUUUUUGUUGGCUUAGCACUUAAAAUUCCAAUCUUUCUUAUUCACUUUAAACAGCCAAAUAUCAUAGGAUAUAUAUAUAUAUAUCUAAAAGUGUUGCUGAAUGUAUAGACAAGCAAGCUGGAUAUUUUGCACCAACAUAUUUGUUUAUUUUUUAUUGUAAUUCAUUCUGGCUGACUGUUUUCAAUACUUUGUAUUGUACUGUGGAUACUGUUUUUUGUUUGUGCAAAAAUAAAUAUUUGUCCUUUCCAAGUUAAAA